AUAAUAAACCUCUCACAUAAGAAUGCAAAUCUCUCACUUUACUAAUUUUUUAUGCAAUUUUAUGAUUCACGUAUCGAUUUUGAUUUUUUCGGAAGCAAAAUAUGUCGGAAGAUGCUGCAGACGGUAUUAAUUCCCAACGUAUGGAGAUUGAUAAUGGCUUCGACUUGUCAAAUAAUGGCGAAUUAAGUGAAAAUGAGAAUUCGAUUAAUGUGUCACAAGGUGACAAAGAAUCACAAGGUUUUCGAUAAUAGAAAUUUGAAUUCUCAUAAUUUAUUGGUUAAUUUAUAUAUUUAUUUGCAUUUUAAUCAUUGUAUACAUUUUUCAGAUAAUUUUACUUUUGAAGAAAACGAUUUAUUUCAUUUUCUUAAUUCCACUUUAGAAGGUCAGAUAGUUUUAAGGAAAUAUAAAAUUACUGGUAAUCUCGAUUAUGUCAGACUUAAAGAUUUGAUAAUUAUGAGGGAGAUAAAAAAAGAUCCUAUUAACUAUUCGUAAGUCCAUUUAGUCUCAGCGUAAAUCAAAUGCAUUUACUUAAUUUAAAGGAACACAUUCCUCUAUAAGAGCCGUUGGAUAAUUUAUGUGAUUUUUUUGUGAGGAGUUUUAUUGAUUUUUUGUCUAAUUUGAUGAAUAGAAAAGUAUUUAUUUUUUUAGAAUAAAAAGAAGAAGGUUUAUUGAAUUAAAAGAGCAAUUAGAACAAUUGUUUCCUACAGAAGAUUCUAGCUUAUUUUAUAUUCCGAGCAGCGAAACUGCGGAUAAAGAAUCUAUGAGUGCCAGAGGGUGUUUAUACAAUUAUUAUAAAAUAAUCAGGAAAGAGUUGCGUGACGUGAGACUCUUAUCCAAAUCGCAAAAUAAGAAUUCUUCUUCUGAUAACGUCAGUUCUGUCUGUAAGAUGGAAGAUUUUUUAAUUUGUUUUUUAAAAAUGUUUUUUAAUAUUGAAGUAUUUUAUGUUAUUCCGUUGUGUGUGUAUAUAUAUAGGUAUUCAAACUAGUGAUUUCGAAUCUUUGACAAGUCAAAAUGGAGAGGCAUAUUCUAUUGCAAAGGUUACCAAAAAUUGGGAGGAAACAUACAGUCAUCGUAUGAAGCUGCUUGUCUCACAUUCAAAAAAAAACUCCACACCUUUAGAAGUGUAUUUUAAAACAUUUCCGCGACUCAAAUCUCCACUUGGCUUACCUUUGCUUGAACAAGAUUGCCGAAGGAUAUUUCAAGAAAUCGCCAAAGAGAAUAACGAACUGCGUCAACUGAUUCAAAAUAAUCCCAAUCACGCAAUAUUUGCUGCACAAUGGCCAACACUAGCAAAAAAAAUAGUUGUGUAUUGUAAGAAGAGCAAAGCUGCUGAUGUUAAAGUUUUUCUUCAGUCACAUGAAAAUUUAUUCCAAGGAGGUAGCAACGAUAAUGUUCUAGCUCUAUUGCUACUACCCCUAAUUAUCAGAGGAACAAAAAAAUUGAAAGUUGACUCGAAAAGUAUUAAUGUAACAAAAGAAGAGAUAGCGAAAGCUUUUAUUUUACACAUUGAGAACUUUGAGAACGUAAUUGCUGGUCAAUUUGAAUUUGAAACUUGGUUGACUUCUUUAAAUUUGCAAAUUCAUCCAUACGUUACAAUAGUAGGAAGCUUGGAGACCCCUCAAAUUUAUCUAAAGUUGAAUGGAGAAAAUUAUAAUUUUCAAGAUCCAUUAAAAGCACUCGAAAGUUGCUACAGAUGUCUAACAGCACUACAUUCGUUCCCGUUCCUUUGUGAUUUUGUUUGGACCUUUAUUGACAAAGCGGUAUAUAAAAUUUGUAAUAGAAAAAUCAGCUCCUGGGUCACCAAAUUAUUGGUCGAUAUUAACAAAUAA